GAGGCGGGGGUGGGUGUGGGCCAGCCGGCUCAGGCGCGGGGAGAGGUGGCCAGGGAAUGGCCGGGCCGGGGGUAGGCGGGAGCCGCAGUGGCGGUGGCUGCGACGGCUGGGGGCGUUGAGCGCGGCGUGGGGCGGCCCCUCCCCGGAGGCGGUGGGGGUGGCCGGGCCGCACCGCACGGCCGGGCGGCUAUGGAGCGAGCCUAGGGCCCCGCAGGAAUUGUGGGAGGCACGCGCGUGAAGAAAUGCCCCGGCGUGUCUAGCCAUGGGACCUCGCUGACCGCCAUCACCACCUGCUCUCCGGACUCGCGCGAGAGAGUGGGUCGGGGCGAAGGGAGAGAGGCCAACAUGAAGCUGAAGCAGCGGGUCGUGCUGUUAGCCAUCCUCCUCGUCAUCUUUAUCUUCACCAAAGUUUUCCUGAUCGACAACUUAGACUCCUCGGCCGCCAACCGGGAGGACCAGAAGGCUUUUCACCGGAUGAUGGCUGGCUUGCGGGUGGAGCUGGCGCCCAAGCUGGACCACACCUUGCAGUCUCCCUGGGAGAUCGCAGCCCAGUGGGUGGUGCCCCGGGAAGUGUACCCCGAAGAGACUCCAGAGCUGGGGGCGAUCAUGCAUGCCAUGGCCACCAAGAAAGUCAUCAAAGCUGAUGUGGGUUACAAAGGGACACAGCUGAAAGCCUUACUGAUACUCGAAGGAGGGCAGAAAGUCGUCUUCAAGCCUAAGCGGUACAACCGAGACUACGUGGUGGAGGGGGAGCCCUACGCCGGUUAUGACAGACACAACGCGGAGGUGGCGGCCUUUCACUUGGACAGGAUUCUGGGUUUCCGCCGAGCCCCCUUGGUGGUCGGCAGGUUCGUUAACCUGCGGACGGAGGUCAAGCCCGUCGCCACGGAGCAGCUCCUGAGCACCUUCCUGGCCGUGGGAAACAAUACCUGCUUCUACGGGAAGUGUUACUACUGCCGAGAGACAGAGCCGGCUUGUGCCGACGGGGACACCAUGGAGGGGUCUGUCACGCUGUGGCUUCCGGACGUGUGGCCGCUGCAGAAGCACCGACACCCCUGGGGCAGGACCUACCGAGAGGGCAAGCUGGCCAGGUGGGAGUACGAUGAGAGCUACUGCGACGCCGUGAAGAAAACGUCCCCUUACGACUCUGGCCCCCGUCUCCUGGACAUCAUCGACACCGCCGUCUUUGACUACCUGAUCGGCAACGCCGAUCGCCAUCACUACGAGAGCUUCCAGGAUGACGAGGGCGCCAGCAUGCUCAUCCUCCUCGAUAAUGCCAAAAGCUUCGGGAACCCCUCGCUGGACGAGAGGAGCAUCCUCGCCCCGCUCUACCAGUGCUGCAUCAUCCGAGUUUCCACCUGGAACAGACUGAACUACCUGAAGAACGGCGUGCUGAAGUCUGCCUUAAAAUCCGCCAUGGCCCACGACCCCAUCUCCCCCGUGCUCUCGGAGCCCCACCUGGACGCCGUGGACCAGCGGCUCCUGAGUGUGCUGGCCACCGUGAAGCAGUGCACCGACCAGUUCGGGGCGGACACCGUGCUGGUGGAAGACAGGAUGCCCCUCUCCCACCUGUAACUCCCGGCGUGGAGUAACUGAAACUUCUUCACAAAGAUAGAGAAACAGCACAAUCAAGUCCGAAUGGCAUGGGACGGGUUGGCGGCGGCCAGCAGCGAGUCCUGGUGGCGGGGAACAGGGCGGCCUUGCGUUUCUUUGGUGUUUUCCGUCGCAGAAACUAAGGACGGACCGCAAGCUUCGUGCCACGGAAACAUACACUUCCGCAGAGUCGCCCACUCCCACAGCGGCCGCCGCAGCGGGCCAGGCUCACCUCUCGCACCGGAGGACGGGCGGGGGAGGACGGGCAGGGGAGGACGGGCGGGAGUGGCAUCCGCGCAGGCCGGCGCUGGAUCGGUGCUGGGGGUGUGUUCUGAGUUCAUCCGAGAGUCCUUUCGCCGCACCUGCGGAUGUCCCGGGGGCACUUCGCAGACUCUCGGGUCCUUUUCUACCAGGACCGGUCGCACUGGGAAUUGCACUGCCUCCUGAGGGGCGGCAGCGAGUGGACCUGGCGUUCCGUGUGGCCGGAGGGACGGGCCCCGUGGGAGGGUGGGUGUCUGGGACAGAGGUAGCGGGGGGACAAAGGCUUGUGUGGGCCGCUCAGCCAUUAGGCAGUCGGGCCUCUGAGGGGCGUAGAGGCGGGAAGAGGGGAGAGGGAAGGUACAGCUGGCGUCGGGGAGACUCGGUGAGAGCGGGUGCCCCUGUGUUUCAGGUGUGUCCUAAGGUGUGUAAGAGCUCGCGUGGCUCGUACCUGAGCAAAGUCUGCGUUCUCACAGCUGUGUUUAAAUGAACCAAAAAUUGUCUCCGGAGAACUUACUGUUACAACCCAAGCACUAUUCUUUAUGGAGAUUUAUUUUUUCCCUUUUGCCCGGAGGAGACAAACCCUGUCCGAGUUAACGAAGCAAACAAUACCUUGAGUGAGAGUUAGGUUUCCUGUGAUCUGUGCCGUCCUGGUUUCUCUUCUGAGAUGAGUUUCCGCCUCUGCUGCUACGGCCUUUGAAGCUGCUCUUCCCAAGAGACUGGCAGUCCUGACCGUGCCUUUCUUGGGAGAGAGCCGGCUCCCUCUGACCGAUGGCCGUGCGCGCCCCGCUGUGGCUGGGCCCGUCCUAGGGCUGGAGCCACGCGGGCAGCUGGAAAUAGAGACGGGAGCCUUCCGAGCCUUAAAACGAAGGGGGUUGUACCAGGAAGAGCCUUAAGAUUUUGAUUACGUGAAACCCUAAUUCAUCAUCUCAGCUUGUUUGGAGUUUGGAACCCACCUCCCACCGUCCGUUGUUAGCACUCUGAAGCUUCAGGCUGCGAAAACUCGGGCUUAGUUCUGGGCUCUGGCGAAGCGACUAUGGCAUGUAAGCAGUCGUAAGCGGUCAGACACGGGGACGGCAGGCCUGGCGUGCCCCCCGCCCGUGUCCUCGCCCCACGCGGUGCCGGGCGCUGCUGCAGUUCUGUGCCUCUGCCAGGCAGGGACCCGUGUUGGACCGUGUGGUCGAGCACACGCGAUGCCGGCCCCUGGAGACCAGUGCUCGUCAGCCACCCUCUGAAAGGCAGUUUAGGGUCGAAAGAUGACUGUGUCCUGUGACUACUUCAAAAAAAACGUGGAAUUAGGAUACUUUUGUACUUUGUGUAUACAUUUUGAGAUGUACAUGAGUGUGAGCUGAGUUACCGGGAAAGGUUUUGAAUUUAUGAAGACGUAUUAGCACAAGACACUGAACUAGGGUUAGCAGAAGGAGGCCUCGGUCCCCAUUGUAAGGCCUGUGCCCAGAAACCCCCCACGGAGUGGUGGUGGGGGCGUUCCCUGGAGCGUGCUGCCGGGGGAGGGUGCCAGCCCCGCUCUCCGCGGUGAGUGUUGGCUGAACCAGGUCACGGAUCGGUGUCCCCCCGACGCAGGGUCCGGUCUGAGUGUGCUGCGAGCUGGAGGGAGUGGGAGCCGUCCCCAGCCUGGGAGCUUCGUUCCCGGUGCCCGAGGCAGGGCGUCCCACCGAGGCUGGGAGCAGGGGGAGAGCUGCUUCGAAACGGCCCCGUCCUUCUUCAGAACGUUGCCGAGAAGGGGUCAUGCCAUUCUCUUUCCCUGCCGUUUAAAAAUUCGUGCUCUUCCAAGGUGUUCGGAUCUGCAGUGGUUGAAGUUAGGGUUUUGCUAAUAUGACGCUGAGAAUAUAAAUGUAUAUUCAAAGUCAGGAUUGGAUUAAGCAAGAAAAGUAUGUUUAGGUGAAUCUUAAAAUCAGCCGUAAACAUCAAGCUAUAAAAUUUACAAACUAGGUUUUGUUUGAGAAAACAGGCAGAUAUCUUUUCAGAAGUUCUCUAACACUGUCCUCUUGACGGUCCGUUUACUGGCGCCUCGCACUGCUACAGUCAGACACGCCAGGGAGAGGGGUUUUGGUCAGCCCGGGGUAGGGAGCGCUUAGCAGCCUCUGCAGGUGGGCGCAGACACAUCGUAGUAUUGUAGAGCCAGGAAAGUCAGAGCUGACUGCCGAGUCCUCCUGUCCUUCUCCUACUUUUUAAACGUGUUUAUGCCGGAGUUUGAAGGGGAACUACAAGAGAGAGGUUUCAUUCUAAAACUGCUCUUUAAUGUGAGUCUCUAGGGUGGGUUUGGCCAUAAGUAACUUUCUGUGCAAAACAAACCAAUAGAUAGGGUCUGACCCGCUCCGAGUAUCACCCAGUAGCGCGUCAGGGAGCAAGUCCCCCUGCUGGCACUCAGGGUCAGUAGGCCACGUGGAACUGAAGGAGGACGUGGGAGAAUCUGGCAACAUCAAUUGCACAUUGCUUGGGGGAAUUCUCAGUGAAUCCUGUAUGUGGCAGAUUUUCAUCGUUAUCUGAUGGCAACAUGUCCUUCCAAAGAAAUCCAUCUUUUCUCUUAAAAAAAAAAAAAAAAAAAGGCUUUCGGCCCCGCCUUCCCAUCCACCGCACUCCUCCAGCUCUCCUGCAGCUCCCCUGCGGUGGUCUCUGUGCGUCCGCGUCCGAAGGGGAAACCAACCCGCCCCCGCGACGGCAGGACAGCCGCGGUCCGCGAGCGCCGCCUGCAGGCCGUCCCGUGACCUGGGCUUCAGGAAACUCAAGUAGAGGCGUGUGUGUAUAGUCACAGAUGUGUCCUAGCAAGAAAAAACGUAUUUAUUUUGACAGGGAAACGCUGAUUUGCGUUGCUGAAGAGCUCGAAGCCAGUGAAAGGCCCCCCUCUCAGGCUCCGAGCACGACCCUGCAACCCUGCGGGCACAGUGACCAUCAGGUCAGCAAAGGCCCCCCCACCCCAGCAGCCCUGGGGAGCCUGCCCUGCCCGGCACUCCAACGAGCCAGAGAGACGCGACUUCAUGAACCCUCUCGGGCAGGGAAAGCCGGCUCUGCCCACUCUGGUUCCUGAGUGUGGGUUGGAAUGCUAGGGGCUGGGGACUCCGCUGCCACAGGCCGUGAGGAACUGAGGGGUUGCAGACACCCGGUGUGGGGGCACCUGGGAAUAACGCAGUGGGGAGCUAAUUUAUUUGCUUCAACAGGAAGCGUAGGAACCACCCCGUCUGUCCGACCUGCCAGGACCUCGUCUCCCAGCCGCUGCACAGACAGAGGUCGCGCUCAGCGCACCACCCAGCGAGGUGGUGUGCACCCAAGUUUCUGACGUGCUCUGUGGGCUCCAGUUCUGGGAGAAAAAGAAAAUGAAUAAAGAUUUUAAUAAGUA